UCUGGUCAGUGUGGGACAUUCUAAUGACCCUAACCCUUGUUGUCUUCUCCUUCAGGAUGGAGCGGAUGUCUGACGAGGCGCUGAGGCUCAACCUGCUAAAGCGAGGACUGGAGUCCCCCAGCGAGCGAGAGGAGGCAAUGGCCAAGCGCCUCAAAAUGGAGGGCCACGAGGCAAUGGAGCGCCUCAAAAUGCUAGCACUCCUAAAACGCAAAGAUCUAGCAGAACUUGCAGCCCUCGAAGUUUCAGGGCCCAUGGGAGACGGAAAGAGCGCCGGAGCCAGUUCACUCCACCACCAGAGCCUCAUGGGCGCAGCGUAUGAGGAGAAACUGAAUGGGAGCUUGAGAUUGGGCGGCCACGGUGGUCACGUUGGACCCAGCAAGAACGGAAAAGAGAACAUCCUAGAUGAACCUGUGGAUAUGAGCGCCGGGAGAAGAUGUGAUACAGAUCGUGACAGAAGAACUCCGUCUCCAGACGUCAUCAUCCUUUCAGACAAUGAGGCCUCCAGUCCUAGAACAACACCUCGCCCCGACGAACGUGUGCAUCAGGCCAACCUGGAUAUGUUCAAGGUAAAACCAUCAACAGCUUUCAGGCAAACUGAAGAAACAGGCUUUAUGGGAAGGGAGAGACAGCAGAUGAUCAAGGCUCUGAGAGAGGAGCUGCGUCUGGAGGAAGCUCGCCUGGUGCUGCUCAAGAAGCUCAGACAGAGUCAGAUGCAGAAGGAGAACGUGGUGCAAAAGGUUCCAGUGGUCCAGAACUCGUCGAGCUCCGUUCAGCCUCCAACCAUCCACAGCUCCUCUAACCUAGCGAAGCUGCCCAUUAGGCCUGGUCUUCACAACCAAGAGCCUCAGAAUCUCCGCACUGGACAGGGUCAUACAGUCAUCAGGUCUGGAGCCAAUGCCAAUUUGCCACCAAUGCUUAUGUCACAGCGAGUGAUCGCCCCCAACCCUGCUCAGCUGCAAGGUCAGAGGAUCUCCUCCAAACCGACGAUGUCUCGCUCCAGCUCAGGCAGCAUAGCAAAUGCUGUUAGCUACCAGCAGGCCAGCCAACAGGUGACCGCAUCCCAGCGCUCAGGCUCCAGUGCCAUGUACAUGAACCUGGCUCACAUGCAGGCGGCGGCGGCCGGGGCCAGUGGAGUAGGCGGAGGUCUCGGCGGAGCUUCGGCCGUCAGUCCGUCCACCAUUUCUGCUUCGGCCAGCGGAGCGGUCAGCUCAAUGGCCGACCAGGCUAGCAGCCAGGCGGCAGCCAAGCUGGCCCUUAGGAAACAGCUGGAAAAAACUCUCCUGGAGAUCCCUCCGCCCAAACCUCCGGCGCCACUUCUCCACUUCCUGCCCUCCGCGGCCAACAGUGAGUUCAUCUACAUGGUGGGCCUGGAGGAGGUGGUGCAGAGCGUGCUGGACAGUCAGGGUAAACUCAGAGGCUCGCUGCCUCGCAUGGAGCCCUUUUUCUGUGCCCAGUGCCGGACUGAUUUCACCCCUCAUUGGAAGCAAGAAAAGAGCGGGAGGAUCCUGUGCGAGCAGUGCAUGACAGCGAAUCAGAAGAAGGCACUGAAGGCGGAGCACACCAACAGGCUGAAGAACGCCUUCGUUAAGGCCCUGCAGCAGGAGCAGGAGAUUGAACAGAGGCUUCAACAGCAGGCGGCGCUCUCCACCAGCUCGGUCCCAACUGGACCCAACGCCUCCAAGACUGACUCCAUGAUUCGGCAUCAUGCCCUCCGUCAGGCUCCCCAGCCGCAGGCCUCCCUUCAGCGAGGGCUAUCCAGCUCGGCGAGGGGCGUCCUGUCAAACUUCACUCAGGCCUCGCAGCUAUCGGUGGCUAGCAGCCUCAUGGGAAUGACUAAUGCCAAGUACUGUGGCAGCAGUGGAGGUGGCAGCAGUAGCAGUAGCAGCAACAGACUGCAGCACGACAGCCGUCGCCAAAUCUACAACAUCCCAGGGUUAAAUAUUGCGUAUCUGAACCCAGCGGCGGUGGGAGCUCACAAGAGCAGCAGCUUAGCAGACCGGCAGAGAGAGUACCUGUUGGACAUGAUCCCACCUCGAUCCAUAUCCGCAGUGCCUGUCCGUGUGCCUACCUUAAACCGACCCAUUACAACCCGACGAAGUUUCCUAGACACUAAAUUGUCAGUGCGUCGCAGAUGUUCCUAAACGAUAGUAAAAACUCUUCUUCUUUGUCAGUGUUGUUUAACGAUUAUAAUUCUCAUUAUUGUCGCUGUUGAUAGCCCUAUAAUUACGAUUUCCUGCUUCGGUUAUUAUUACUCAUUACGCUUUUAUCUAUUUUUUUUUUUUUUUUCAUUUUUUUUUUGAAGUUCCUCUUCGCUCACUCCUAUGUCGGACAAGUGACGGUCCCAGUUUUAUAACUUUAGGUGUGACUAUCGCUUGUACCGGAUCAACAGGCCGCACAGUCUGAAUUGAUAUGCAAUAUAAAGUUGCUCACUUGAAGUGACAAACGUCACAGAGAUAAGAACAAAGACGCAGGCAAAAAAAAAAAAAAAAAAGGGGGGGUUAGACGGUGACCUUGCCGGGCUCUUGAAAAGAGCGUUCUCUAGAUGUAAAGAAGAACGUUCGACCACAUCACACCCUCACAAACACGCGCCUCAUCCUCCCCCGUUUCCUACGCUGACCUGCAACUCGGAGUUUCGGAGCGGCGUCACAGCCGGUGGACUGGGGGGAAAAAAAAAAAAAAAAAAAAAAUUGACGAGAGGUGCGCAUGCGUUCAAAAGAGAAUCAAGUGUGAACAGGGUUUUUUUCCGUUUUUUUUUUUUUUUUUUCGUUUUUUUUUCCCCCCACAUCUCUUCUCCGACUCCGACGCCUGACUCUCCGGUCACAUGCGUAAACAGUUACCGAACAGAUGUUAGAUGGGAUUCACUACUAUGGCUGUUGAUAGUGGACACACAGACGCAGCAUCAGAGGAGCAGCGGCGCCCGCUCGAGGCCCCCCCCCGCCCCCCCACCCCAGUGUGAAGGAACAGACUGGCAGAUGGAGGACGCCCUCGUCGCGUUGGUCUUCGCUCGAAGACCAACAAAUUGACGUGCCCCUCCCCGGGUUCCAUUCAUCACGACCUCCGCCCACCCCCUCCACCCCGUCCCCCAGUUUACCUUGAUAAAACACUCAAAUCUGAUAGCGGAUGCACGCAUGUGUGACCGACUCUCUGAUUAUGUAUGUAAAAUCCUCCCAAUCUGGAUUAUUCUGUUUGGGCUUUUAGAUUAUUUUUGGAUUUUACCGCUCCCCACUUCCUGUGUUCUAUAUUGUAUUAUGUAUUCCUCCUAAUUUUUUUUUUUUUUUUUUUUUUUGCAGCGUCUCCUUAUUAAAUUGGCGGCGUACCUGAGAGGUGUCGGCCCCUGGAGACGAUAAUAAUCAUCAUAGCUAAAACAGAAACUAUUGAAAUAUCUGUAUGGAUUAUGUAUAGAUACCUAGCUUCAGAAUUAGGAAAAAAAAAAAAAAAAAAGGAUGUGAAUUAUAUCUUUUAUGGGAGAGACAUGGAUCAAUCAUUGUGUGCACUCUGUGUACACAGGUUCCCUCACUCCAGAGGAGCACUUUGCAUAUUUGAAUUUGGAAAACUUAAAAAAAAAAAAACUUUAAAAAUGAAAGAAAAAAAAAAAAAAAAAACAUAAAUGGGAAUGUUUGGGUUGAGAGUGGCUGAGGUGGGGCGGCUGCCUGCAGACCAACCCCCAGUAAAGGAGACAGGACAUCAGGGUGUCUUCUGAUGGCUGAUGAAACGUUUCAUCCUCUUGCUUUUUUUUUUUUUUUUUUUUUUUUUUUGUUCAUUGCUGCAGAUUUUUCGGGCUGUUCCGGUGAUGCCUAAAAACAACACGUUACAGAUCAGUGAUUCCCAACCUCUUUGAGUAAUGAAAAAUAACGAUCGCCUAGUUUCAGUAUACUCAGAAUUUAUGUACGCGGUGCGAAACCUGGGCGUGUUCGGUUGAACACAACGCUCAUGUGAUCAGGAAUUGAAGAAAGAGACAAGAAGAUCUUCAACAGCUAUAAUUGUUUUUUUGGGUUUUUUUUUUUUUUUUUUUUUUUUUUUUUUUAAGUUUUAUAGCCAUCUUCUGCAAUUCACAUAGACGAAUGAAGAAAAUUAUUUCCGAUAAUUUUUUUGCGACCUCACAUUGGUUGGGAAUCUCUGUUCUGUAUGCGUUAUGGGCGUAAUGGGUGCCUGGCCUUGGUGUUUGGUUUGAAACCUUCUUGGGAGUGGAGACCAGUUUGUCUACUUUCCACAAAAACCUAAUUGGUAAAAAUGAGUUUUUUUUUGGGAGAGAAAAAAAAAAAAAGGUGCAUUACCUACAAUUUGUCCCUGCGAACUGCACGGAAACGCAUCGAAACAAGGUUCUACACCUCAACGGAAGAGUGAAGCCCAUUAAUUCAACUCCAUCGUCAUACGUCUGUCAUUCUGAGCAUAACAAAUGAGCAUUUCCUCAGAGGUUUCCCCAUGUAGCAUAAACAACAUUGUCCUACUUGUCCUGCUUUUUACCCCUGCGUGUGUAUUGUACUAACGGCACGACAGUCAUGGGGGAACUCCCUCGGCUGCUAAUGCCUGACACGGGUUUACAAAUUAAAUAGCUAACUCUUCUUCUACGGUCACAAGUCACAAUAUUAGUCUCCUCGUAUAAGCACUUCACCUAAAAAAAAAAAAGCUGCUAUGCUAAGUAAGGUCACAUACCGAACCCGGUGAUGCUAACUGUUUGAACUGAGCUAAAAGUGCAAAUCAAUUCUUACGUUUGAACAAAAACAGCACUUCACGCUAACCACAGCGGUGUUCAUUUGUACUUCCUAAAUUAACUCAACGAAGUGGCUAAGAUAUCUUACGGCUUAUCUAAAGGUUGGAUUCCGAUAAAGAAUUGUCCCUGCUAGCAUCAGCUAUCGGAAUCAUCGCCCUUGUGACAUCUGCGUCCUCUACCACCCAGGGUCCUAAAUCCACCAGCCCACACCAGAAAUGUUCGUCACAUGCAGUCUGCAGUUAGCAGGAGAACCAGUCACUUAAUGGCUAAUGUUUAAGGUUAGCAGCAUGGCUAAAUUAGCCAAUAGUGUGUACGUGCAAGGGGGAAUAAAGGUCCGGUUCCCCGAUGAAGGCAUACAUUUAUUUUGCAACCUAAUUUUAAAUGUCAUUUGACAUUAAUGUUUCGAUGAUGUUUAAAAAUUUCUUUUUUUUUUUAACGUUAAAAACGUGUGUGGGGGGAAAAAAACGUUUAAUAAAUACAACCGAUACUGUUAAUGUGACUGUUGUCGCAGUACAUUUAUGUUGCACUGAGAAGUUUAAAAAAAAAAA